GCCGCAAUGUAUACAGAGCUUCAGACGCGAGACCAGGACGAAGUGGGUGGAUAACAGUUAACAGUUUUUUGCGUCUUUGUGACCUCAAUUGACACAUUUAUUAUUCUUUUUAUUAUUUUUUAAGUAACAAGUGGUCCCAUUAUUAACCACCACUAGGAACUUUCUCAAGGUUUAUAUCAAGUCAGGCGCGUCGUCGGUCAAGAUGGCCCAGUGGAACCAGUUGCAGCAGCUGGAGACCAGGUACCUGGAGCAGCUCUACCACCUGUACAGCGACAGCUUCCCCAUGGAGCUGCGGCAGUUCCUCGCGCCGUGGAUCGAAAGCCAGGACUGGACUUUCGCCGCCAACAAGGAAUCUCACGCGACUCUGGUGUUCCACAAUCUCCUGGGCGAGAUAGACCAGCAGUACAGCCGCUUCCUGCAGGAGAACAACGUCCUCUACCAGCACAACCUGCGGCGGAUCAAGCAGCACCUGCAGAGCAAGUACCUGGAGAAGCCCAUGGACAUCGCCCGCAUCGUCGCCCGCUGCUUGUGGGAGGAGCAACGGCUGCUGCAGACGGCCACCGCCGCUGCGCAGGACGGACAGGCCGCCCACCCCACAGGGACGGUGGUGACGGAAAAGCAGCAAAUCCUGGAACACAACCUUCAAGACAUCAGGAAACGAGUGCAGGACAUGGAACAGAAGAUGAAGAUGCUGGAGAAUCUUCAGGAUGACUUUGAUUUCAACUACAAGACACUGAAAAGCCAAGGAGAGUUGAACCAGGACCUGAACGGGAAUAGCCAGGCGGCAGCGACGAGGCAGAAAAUGGCUCAGCUGGAGCAGAUGUUGAGUACCUUGGACCAGCUCAGACGACAAAUCGUGACAGAGAUGGGAGGCUUGCUGACCGCGAUGGACUACGUACAGAAGAACCUGACAGACGAAGAACUGGCCGACUGGAAACGACGACAGCAAAUCGCCUGCAUCGGCGGACCCCCAAAUAUCUGCCUGGACCGCCUCGAAACAUGGAUCACGUCCUUGGCCGAGUCCCAGCUCCAGAUUCGUCAGCAGAUCAAGAAACUGGAGGAGCUUCAGCAGAAAGUGUCCUACAAGGGAGACCCCAUCGUCCAGCACCGGCCCGCCCUCGAGGAGAAGAUUGUGGACUUGUUCAGAAAUCUCAUGAAGAGUGCGUUUGUGGUGGAAAGACAGCCUUGCAUGCCCAUGCACCCAGACAGACCCUUGGUCAUCAAAACGGGUGUACAGUUCACAAACAAAGUCAGGCUUCUUGUGAAGUUCCCUGAGCUCAAUUACCAGCUGAAAAUUAAAGUUUGCAUCGACAAGGAGUCCGGGGACGUGGCCGCAAUCAGAGGGUCCAGAAAGUUCAACAUCCUCGGCACCAACACCAAAGUCAUGAACAUGGAGGAGUCCAACAACGGCAGCCUGUCAGCCGAGUUCAAACACUUGACCCUGAGAGAGCAGCGCUGCGGCAACGGUGGACGCACCAAUAGUGACGCGUCGCUUAUCGUCACAGAGGAACUCCAUCUGAUCACCUUCGAGACGGAAGUCUACCACCAAGGCCUGAAAAUUGAUCUGGAGACGCAUUCGCUGCCCGUGGUGGUCAUAUCUAACAUCUGCCAGAUGCCGAACGCCUGGGCGUCCAUCUUAUGGUACAACAUGCUGACCGACCAGCCGAAGAAUGUGAACUUCUUCACCAAGCCGCCGGUGGGGACGUGGGACCAGGUGGCCGAAGUGCUCAGCUGGCAAUUCUCAUCCACCACCAAGAGAGGCCUGACCAUCGAGCAGCUGACCACGCUGGCCGAGAAACUGCUAGGGCCAUCUGUCAACUACUCCGGCUGUCAGUUUACGUGGGCCAAGUUCUGUAAGGAGAACAUGGCCGGGAAAGGCUUUUCGUUCUGGGUGUGGCUGGACAACAUCAUCGACUUGGUGAAGAAAUACAUCCUGGCGCUGUGGAACGAGGGGUACAUCAUGGGCUUCAUCAGCAAAGAAAGAGAGAGGGGCAUUCUCAGCCCCAAACCGCCAGGCACGUUCCUGCUGCGCUUCAGCGAGAGCAGCAAGGAAGGCGGCAUCACCUUCACGUGGGUCGAGAAAGACAUCAACGGCAAGACUCAGAUCCAGUCAGUGGAGCCAUACACCAAGCAGCAGCUCAACAACAUGUCCUUCGCCGACAUCAUCAUGGGCUACAAAAUCAUGGACGCCACCAACAUCCUGGUUUCUCCCCUCGUGUACCUCUACCCUGAAAUUCCCAAGGAGGAAGCCUUCGGGAAGUACUGCAGGCCGGAGGCGGCCCCCGAACCCGAGUUGGGAGACUCCACCAGCAUUACGCAGCCGUACUUGAAGACCAAGUUCAUUUGCGUGACCCCCACAAACUCGGGCAACACCAGCGAUCUUUUCUCACUAUCGCUAUCCCCUCGGACCCUCGACUCGCUGAUGCCCAACGAUGCGGAGGGUAAUCCAGGACAUAUGGCUCGUGCAUCUACGUCAAUGAAAUCACGUGAUUGGCCAUUUUGCCGGUCAAACAAAGCAUUCUUGAAUGCGAAGUUAGUUGGAGACGACACAAAAAUACAUCUUAUACGCCCAGAGUUUUGUCCCAUACCGUUGUGAUAAUAAAUGAAGGUACGUGGAAAAAUGAGAGACACUUGGCAUAGAGGACCCAUAUUUUAUGUUGAAGUUGACGUUUUCCCCGAUUAGAAAUUGGACUGUUAACCUGCUUCCGCUUGUCUUGGGACAACUGGAUCUACACGUGGAUCUGGUGAGGAAGUCGUCGAGAUUUACACGGAAGAGUUUGGAAGCGUAGAAAAGUCUGGACGCGUACAAAUACUUCGUUGCUGGAUCGGUUCGCAAUCAAGAAUAAAUCCCACAUAGCAAUGGAGCCACUCCAUGGAGCCAUUUUUUCAAUACAAAUACCACUAUUUCAAUAAAUGACAUUAAUUAUGAUUUGAAAAAAAAAGACACCAAGUCGGCUCCUCGUACACGGAAGCGUGUUGCGGCCACAUGUUAAACUUGGGUAAACCUCUCUGUGACAGACUUUUCUUUUUUUUUUUAAAUAUGCAUUUUUCUCAAAUGAGUCCAAUGUGUAUUUAAAGAAAAGAAAAGAAAAGAAACCGCUGGGAUAGGCUUCAGUGCCCGUACACAGAAGCGUGUUGCGGCCACACGUUAACCUACAUAAACCUCUGUGUGACCAAUGGUUUAUUUUCUUUUUGUAAAUGCGCAUUGGACUCAUUUGAGAACAAUGCAUAUUAAAAAAAACAAAAACAAAAAGAAUGUCUGUUGGGGAGAGGUUUACCAAAGAUUAAUGUCUGGCCGCAACACGCUUCCGUGUACGUUGGAGAUGAUCCUGUCGUAUUUUUUUUAAUAUGCAUUGUUGUCAAAUGAGCCAACUUGGCAUUAUAAAUACUUCUUGGUCCGGUUCAAUGUCUCCCACUCUGUCAAGCAGGUCUUUCUGACCGGCAAUAUGGCGCCAUGACAUUUACGAACUCUAUUGGCACCAAAAGAAUCAUGCAGUAAUAAGACGAUUAAUUGGAAUGUAAAUGGCGUUUGAUGCUUCACAAUAAUUAUUGUGCUGCUUCUUCUGGUGUGUGUUUUUUGCAGUAUCCUGCACCAGGGAACAGUACAAUGCAUACAGACAUACUGCAUGCACAUUUCUUGACAAAACCCAAAUAACUGUCAAGACUUCUUCAGUAUUUUACGUUGUUUUUUAAUUUUUAUUUUUUGCUGUGGAUAAAGAAUACAUACUGUGUUCUUUGUACACGAUGUCAACAUUUGUUUCUACGUUUUUUAUUCAAGUAUAAGUUGCAAGAGCCCCUCUAUGACGCCUCACAAUAUGUGUUAGCAUUAAGCUAGCAAAGGUACAAUUCCCUUUGAUUUUUUUUUUUGGUUGGGUUUUUUUUUUUUUUUUUUUAGUGUUACAGUAAACUUCAACAGGAAGCACAAAAGAAAAAAAAUGGAAGAACUUAGCCUCUUUUGUGGAGACUUGAUCGCUAUCUGCUGACCAUAAAGUUUGCCGCCACCAUUUAGUGCUUGUAAAUCCAUUUUUUUCUCAACACUGACGGGCGGCAUCUUGUAUUUCCAAAAACUCGUGAUACAGCUCUUAUGUUAUAGUCAGAUGAAGCUAAUAUUGCUCCCGAUAAGAUCACACAUUGACAUGAGUUGAAAAAAUGAAAUGAAGCCACAAAUGAACGUGAAGUAACCGAGCGACCUCGUUCC